UUGUAGAGUUCUAGCAAAGAGGUGGCAUCUGUUUUUACUUUUAUAUGUUUAAAUUUCCAUCAUUAUAACAAAAUCGAUUUUUUACAGUAAUGAUUCUCAGUGUGGAGUCAUUUAAUUAUUAAGACCCAUUGACAUGAGAUUACAUCCUCUGCCUAUAAAAAUCCUGGAAGAAAACCUAGGAAAUAUUCAUCUGGACAUUGCACUUGGCAAUGAAUUUAUGGAUAGAAAAUGCAGUUGAAAGAUAUUUCAUAAAGGAAGAAAAGUAUGAAUACAGCUUUAACCGUUUAUUUUGGUGGAGUCUUUAAGAUUUUUUCUACCUUGAGUGCGCCAGGCGCGGGAAGCCUAGGACCUGGAACGAGAGCCGCCUACCUGCAGCCGCCGGCCACGGCACGGCAGCCACCAUGGCGCUCCUGCUGCGCUUCGUGCUCCUGUGCGGAGUCGCGGAUUUCAUCAGAGGUUGGAGUAUCACUACUCCUGAGCAGAUGAUUGAAAAAGCCAAAGGGGAAACUGCCUAUCUGCCGUGCAAAUUUACGCUUAGUCCUGAAGACCAGGGACCACUGGACAUCGAGUGGCUGAUAUCACCAGCUGAUAAUCAGAAGGUGGAUCAAGUGAUUAUUUUAUAUUCUGGAGACAAAAUUUAUGAUGACUACUAUCCAGACCUGAAAGGCCGAGUACAUUUUAAGAGUAAUGAUCUCAAAUCUGGUGAUGCAUCAAUAAAUGUAACGAAUUUUCAGCUGUCAGAUAUUGGCACAGAUCAGUGCAAAGUGAAAAGAGCUCCUGGUGUUGCAAAUAGGAAGAUUCAGCUGGUAGUUCUUGGUAAGCCUUCAGGUACAAGAUGUUACGUUGAUGGAUCAGAAGAAAUUGGAAGUGACUUUAAAUUAAAAUGUGAACCAAAAGAAGGUUCACUUCCAUUACAGUAUGAGUGGCAAAAAUUGUCUGACUCACAGAAAAUGCCCACUUUAUGGUUAGCAGAAAUGACUUCAUCUGUUAUAUGUAAAAAUGCUUCUUCUGAGUACUCUGGGACAUACAGCUGUAUCAGAAACAGAGUGGGCUCUGAUCAGUGCCUGUUGCGUGUAAACGUUGUCCCUCCUUCAAAUAAAGCUGGACUAAUUGCAGGAGCCAUUAUAGGAACUUUGCUUGCUCUAGUGCUCAUUGGUCUUAUCAUCUUUUGCUGUCGUAAAAAGCGCAGAGAAGAAAAAUAUGAAAAGGAAGUUCAUCACGAUAUCAAGGAAGAUGUGCCGCCUCCAAAGAGCCGUACGUCCACUGCCAGAAGCUACAUAGGCAGUAAUCAUUCAUCCCUGGGAUCCAUAUCUCCUUCCAACAUGGAAGGAUAUUCCAAGACUCAGUAUAAACGAGUACCAAGUGAAGACUUUGAACGCACUCCUCAGAGUCCGACUCUCCCACCUGCUAAGGUAGCUGCCCCUAAUCUAAGUCGAAUGGGCGCAAUUCCUGUGAUGAUUCCCGCACAGAGCAAGGAUGGGUCUAUAGUAUAGAGCCUCCAUACGUCUCAUCUGUGCUCUCCGUGUUCCUUUCCUUUUUUUGAUAUAUGAAAACCUAUUCUGGUCUAAAUUUUGUUACUAGCCUCAAAAUGUAUCAAAAAAUAAGUUAAUCAGGAGCUGUAAGGAAUAUAUUUUUAAAAAUUUUUGUUUGGUUAUAUCGAAAUAGUUACGGGCAUUAAAGUUAGUAAAGACAA